GCCCAUUACAGUACAGACACGCAGUACGGUUUCUCAGUCUCUACCCUUCACUGGAUUGAGUGUUUUACGCGCCGUGUCUUCGCUGUCCCUCCCCUUACUAUUUGUGGCCAUAAAAAGGAAUGCGGCUCCUUUUUCAAGUUCGUUCUCAGGUUAUGCCAAAGUCCACGGUUCAGUCAAUUGAACGUCCGCGUUGGCGACUUGUUGCAGCUGAUCUGAUGACAUAGGAAGAUGCAUGCUGAAGGCUUGCAAUGCUUUAUGAAAAUUGUGCGGAGUGGCAGGAGGGCUUACUCUCAAAUCCCUGGACAGCCGAAACUGAAAUAUGAUGCUGUGAUUAUUGGAGGAGGACACAAUGGAUUGGUGGCGGCAGCUUAUCUACAAAGAUCUGGGGUGAACACAGUGGUCCUUGAACGGCGGCAAGUGGUCGGUGGAGCUGCAGUUACAGAGGAGAUCAUCCCAGGCUUUAAAUUCUCUAGAGCGUCGUACUUGCUCAGUCUCUUGCGGCCCCAGAUAUACAAGGAUCUAGAGCUAAAGAAACAUGGUUUAAAAAUAUAUUUUCGAAACCCUCACUCGUUUACCCCACUACUAGAAGAUAUUAAUGGACAACGGCCGAGGUCUCUUGUUUUGGGCUCAGAUAUGACAGAAAACCAGAAACAGAUUGCACAGUUUUCUGAAAAAGAUGCAAAGGCAUACCCAGAAUAUGAGGAUUUUAUGAAUCGCUUGGUGGCAGCCAUUGACCCUCUUCUGGACUCCUCUCCUGUAGACACCGUAGCCAUGGUCCAGGGAUCAAUUCUCCAAAAACUAAAGUCAUUUAAAACACUCCGACCGCUACUUAAAGCAGGAUUAACACUGGGUAGCGAUCUUCCUAAAUACUACGAAGUCCUCACGGCUCCAAUAUCAAAGGUUCUGGAUCACUGGUUCGAGUCGGAACCCUUAAAGUGCACAUUAGCUACAGAUGCUGUGAUUGGAGCGAUGGCAAGCCCGGCAACACCAGGAAGCGGGUAUGUCUUGCUGCAUCAUGUCAUGGGGGAGCUGGAGGGGAAGAAAGGAUCCUGGGGAUAUGUAGAAGGAGGAAUGGGCAUGGUUUCAAAUGCCAUUGCCAAAUCUGCAAUGGCAUUAGGCGCAGAAAUUUACACAGACAAGACAGUGGAACAGAUCCUGGUGGAUAGCAAUGGAACAGCUUAUGGUGUAGUCUUAACAGAUGGGACAGAAGUACAUAGCAGGAUGGUCCUGUCCAAUGCCACCCCUCAUCACACAUAUUUAAAUCUAACUCCAAAGGAACAAUUGCCAGCAGAUUUUAUCACAAUGAUUUCACAGUUUGAUGCCAAGUCCCCAGUUACCAAAAUAAAUGUUGCCGUGGACAAGCUACCAAACUUUUUGUCUUUGCCAAAUAAAGCCGAUGGCAAACCUUUGCCACAUCACCAGUGCUCAAUCCACCUAAACAGUGAGAAAAUGCAACUCCUUAACGAUGCUUAUGAAGAUGCCUGUAGAGGAGAACCCUCCUCCAGGCCUAUGAUUGAAAUGUGCAUUCCUUCAUCACUGGACCCCACGCUCGCUCCUCCCGGGUGCCACGUCAUUUCAAUAUUCUCACAAUAUACUCCAUACAGUCUUAGUGGAGACCGUCAAUGGAAUGACGAGGAGAGGAAUCGUUAUGCAGAUACAGUGUUUGACUGGAUAGAAAAAUAUGCUCCUGGUUUUAAAUCGUCUGUGAUAGGCAGAGAUAUUCUCACACCACCCGAUCUGGAAAGAAUAUUUGGACUCUCUGGAGGCAACAUUUUUCAUGGCAGUAUGUCACUGGAUCAGCUAUAUUUUGCCCGACCAAUACCACAAUUUUCAAAUUAUAGGUCACCCAUCCAAGGUCUGUAUUUGUGUGGCAGUGGAGCACAUCCAGGAGGCGGCGUGAUGGGAGCAUCAGGACGCAAUGCAGCUUUAGUCGCUCUGGAACACCUUAAGCGUGCUGUUUCCUAGGAUGGGAUUAGUAUUUCAAUCAGCAGGAUGUGAAAAUGAAUUGUUUUGUGUUAAAGGUCACCAUAAAACUGAAA